UUCUUGUUUCAGGUGUGGAUUUUUGGACAAGUUUGGUGCAAGAUCUGGUUGGCUCUGGACGUCUGGAUGUGUACAGCUUCUAUAUUGAAUUUGUGCGCCAUCUCUUUGGACAGAUAUGUAGCUGUUACUCGUCCGAUAAACUAUCCGAGCAUCAUGUCGCAUAAGAGGGCGAAAUCGUUGAUAGCGGGGCUCUGGGUGCUCAGCUUCGUCAUCUGUUUUCCGCCGCUUGUCGGAUGGAACAACUCGGUAAGAAAAUUGAAUACAUUGUCAAAGAAAUGAAACUUUUACGCUUAAUAUUGUGUUUGCGGACGAGCGGCGGA